AUGUCCACGUCUUAUCUUGUCGCCGACUAUCAAAAGGAGCGAUCUGACUUGCUCUCAUUCCUCAAGGAGCAAUCUCGCCUCAUCAGACAACAACCGACAUCGGACAGCAUCCAAGAAGCCAAAGUCAAUCUACGGGACUAUGCCAACGAGUACCUGGAGCGACUGGCGGACGCUGCCAUUGCCAUGGCUUCCGAGGCAACUGACCAUGUUUAUGUCACUGCAAAGCCAGCCAAUUUCUACAGUGUUCUGGUUCCAGACAUAACAAGCUUACUGCAGAUACGGAUGCCUCAACUAGCCGCGAGACUUGGUCUCAAUCCGAAAUGCGACAUGUGUGUUCAUUUCAUUAUCGAAGGUAUUAUGGCGGAUCCCGUGUUCUAG